CCAGCCGCGGAAGCCCUGUUCUCCCCUCUACGGCUCUCCGAGCCAGGCAGCUGCUGCUGCUGCGGAUGGACGGUGCCGCUUAGGAAAAGCUCUCUUGACAUUUUGAGUACAGAGCAGGAUUUGGCUCCUCUAGUGGAGCCUCUUGUUCUCGGGAAAACUGUUUUAAAGCUUUGGCUGGUGCUGGUAGGAGCCAUUUAUAGCCAAGAAGCUUGGGCUCGUGCCAGCCACUUGGUGCAGAAAGCCAGCUGCUCCCACCCUCUGCGGCCCCCUCUCCCCGGGCCCACCACCCCCUGUCGCUGCUCUUCCUCGUCUCUUCCUCCCCUCCCCACUUCACCUUUCCCACUGUCUCAGAGCUUUUCAGUUCCAGCUCCCCGCAGCUUGCUCCUGUGACCCUUUCCUUACGAGGUCUGUUUCUCCCUCGAGGCCCGGAGCCUGUCUGCUCCCUUUUAUGCUCAGCCACCUUGGACGUGCCUGCCUGUGUCCGUCUCCACUGGAGCAGUCUCUUCUGCUCGGUCCUGAACAUGGCCCAGCCUUGCCACCACUUCUGAGCUUGGCCUGGCUCUGACAGAGGAUUGGUUAAGGCUUGGACUCAACUGAGCUCUCUGUGGCAUCGGUGUUAGGUGAUGAUGACACAAGGCAUUUUGAAGUUCAGAGACUUCUUUCCCUCAAGGGCUGUGACUGCUCAGUGUGGCCCAGGCCGGAGUCAGUUUUUUCGACCUUGCCGAGGAGACCUCCGACCUCCCCAGGACAAUCGCCCACGCUCCAGACCAGGAGCGAGCAAGCAGAUGAACCAGAGGCCAACCUUUCAGCAACCACGUCAAGGCUGUGUUUGUGGCUGAACUGUUUUCAUGGCGAGGUGCCUGGGUUCCUGUACAGGUUCCUACUGUCCUCUAUACAGGGCUCCCGCAUCGUGCCUCUCCCUGGCAGGUGAGCAGUCCCCCCUCCCAGACCCCUCAGCCUGUGGUCCCACCCAAGCCCGUGCAAUGUGUCCAUCAUGUGUCCACUCAACCCAGCUGCCCGGGCCGGGGCAAGAUGUCCAAGCUGCUGAACCCAGAGGAGAUGACAUCAAGAGAUUAUUACUUCGACUCCUAUGCUCACUUUGGGAUCCAUGAGGAAAUGCUCAAGGAUGAGGUGCGCACGCUCACCUACCGGAACUCCAUGUACCACAACAAGCACGUCUUCAAGGACAAAGUGGUGCUGGACGUGGGGAGCGGGACUGGGAUCCUGUCCAUGUUUGCCGCCAAAGCGGGGGCCAAGAAGGUGUUCGGGAUCGAAUGCUCCAGUAUCUCUGAUUACUCGGAGAAGAUCAUUAAGGCCAACCACUUGGACAACAUCAUCACCAUAUUUAAGGGUAAAGUGGAGGAGGUGGAGCUGCCUGUGGAGAAGGUAGACAUCAUCAUCAGCGAGUGGAUGGGCUACUGUCUGUUCUAUGAGUCAAUGCUCAACACGGUGAUCUUUGCCAGGGACAAGUGGCUGAAACCUGGAGGGCUUAUGUUUCCAGACCGGGCAGCUUUGUACGUGGUAGCAAUUGAAGACAGACAGUACAAGGACUUCAAAAUCCACUGGUGGGAGAAUGUCUAUGGCUUUGACAUGACCUGUAUCCGGGACGUGGCCAUGAAGGAGCCCCUGGUGGACAUUGUGGAUCCCAAGCAAGUGGUGACAAACGCCUGCUUAAUAAAGGAGGUGGACAUCUACACCGUGAAGACUGAAGAGCUGUCGUUCACCUCUGCAUUCUGCCUGCAGAUACAGCGCAAUGACUACGUCCACGCCCUUGUCACCUACUUUAAUAUUGAAUUUACCAAGUGCCACAAGAAAAUGGGGUUUUCUACAGCCCCGGAUGCUCCCUACACCCACUGGAAGCAGACCGUCUUCUACUUAGAAGAUUACCUCACUGUCCGGAGAGGGGAGGAAAUCUAUGGAACCAUAUCCAUGAAGCCAAAUGCCAAAAAUGUGCGAGACCUCGACUUCACAGUAGACUUGGAUUUUAAGGGACAGCUUUGCGAAACAUCUGUAUCUAAUGACUACAAAAUGCGUUAGCACAUGUGGGAAGCUGCAGAGAGUGAGCCAGAAAAGGAGCUCUCGCCUCGACCUGCCACGCCGUCCCCAGGAUGCUGUGUGCAGGACUCCACACUUGAGAACCAGAGCUUUCAACUCUGCCUUGAAGAUUGGUGACUCACCUGGCUCUCUCUCCCUCGAGGGCUCGGCCCGGAGUGGGGCUCCUGCUCCUCCACCCUGCCCCAGGAGCCCUUCACCAAGGGCUCAUUGUCGCCCAUAGAGAGCAACCUGUGGCUGGGGCCCCAAGGAGGGAAAAGUGCCCGUGUGUCCCCACUGUCCUCCUCAACGGUGACUCUCGGAUCUUCCAUGUUUUGCAUGCUGCAGGCAUCUAGGACAGAUUGCUUCUACUAGAACAAGGAGACACAGUGUCUUUGAUAGCAUAAGCCAGACUGCGUGUGUGGUGGUGUGCGCGUGCGUGUGUGUGUAUAAAGCCUUUGUAGUAGUUUACCCACAGUCGCCUGUAUGUGCAUGCAUAUACAGCCAAGUGGGUACAUUCUGUGUUCCUUCAGAGGGGCGUGUGAGUGUGUGUGUGGGUGUGUGUGCGUAGAAAACACUUUACUCUCGGAGGAGAGUCUGUUGCUUUGGAAUAGGAAUUUGUUUUGUGACUAGGUCUCCCUCCAACCCUGUCCCUUAACAGAUGUUAUGCAGCUAUGAAGCAUUCUCUGUACUCUCUCUGGCCACCUUUUGAGUAGACUGUGGCUCUGAGCCCUGAGCAUUAGCACCAUAAACUCUGUGGGCGGUCAAUAAACAAACCUGAGAACGAA